AUGAGAGGCUAUAAGAUAAUAGUAGCGCUCAGCGCACUGCUCCCGUUACCGAUCGCGACAGCACUCCCAAGCACAGAUCCAAGCUUCGACCUCUCCAAUCUACAAUGGGAGCUUAAGCCAACCAAUAGCACCCAACAGUUCCGGGGGCUCUCCCCCGUCUCAGAGCGCACAGCCUGGGUUUCAGGAACCAACGGCACCGUUCUACGCACCACAGACGGCGGCUCGUCCUGGUCUAACGUAUCCCCUUCUCUCUCCCCCGAGAGCUCGACGGCGUUCCAAUUCCGCGACAUCGAGGCCUUCUCCGAGAAAUCCGCUGUCAUUUUGUCAAUUGGCGAGGGUAAUGCAAGCCGUAUCUACCAAACUCUCGACGGAGGCAGGUCGUGGAAAGCCACGUUCGUGAAUGCCGAGGCUACGGCGUUUUACGAUAGCAUGGCUUUCGAAAACACGAAGCAUGGUCUUGCGAUGAGCGAUCCCGUGGCUGGCAAGUUCAGACUCAUCGAGACGUGGGACGGGGGCGCGACGUGGAAAAUUGUGGACUCAGCGGGUAUGCCUGCAGCCCUCACAGGCGAGUCUGGAUUCGCGGCAAGCGGGACGUGUAUCGAGGCUGCUGCUGGGCGAUGGUAUAUCGCUUCUGGGGGCGUAGACCCAGGACGUGUCUUUCGCAGUGAAGACGGGCAUCAUUGGGAAGUGGCCAACAGUUCCCUUGCGGGCGGUGCAGCAGCCGGUGUGUUCUCGGUGAGGUUUAGAGAUAAGAAUAAUGGGAUCGCUGUGGGCGGAGACUAUGAGAAGCCCACAGGCAAGUUCAACAACGCUGCGUGGUCCAAAAACGGUGGGAGAUCAUGGCAGAGUGCAGAAAAUUCUCCGGCAGGCUACAGAUCAGGGGUGUCCUGGGUGCCGCAGCGAGGUUAUACUGCCGUGGCGGUAGGAACGUCUGGCUCAGACGUCACCUACGACGGCGGAAAGAACUGGCAAGCAAUUGGUAACGGUACGUUCGAUUCUGUUGAAUGCAUUGGUAAGUACACUUGCUGGGCGUCUGGUUCGGGCGGACGAGUGGCGCGCUUGAAGCUGCGUUGA